CCACAAGUUACGUCAUUAUAGAAAGAACAGACACACAGUUGGGCAAUGGUGAGGGCCUGAUUCCACCCGCGUACAACAACUGGAACAAUUUCAUUUUUUCACUCCCAAACGAUCUCAUUUCAAUCUUCGGCGGAGCCACUGGCCGUCAAAUCAGGAUGGACAGCUUGGAGAAGCAGCUUAUUUGUCCCAUUUGUCUGGUAAUGUUCACGAAACCCGUUGUGAUUCUUCCUUGUCAACACAAUCUCUGCCGGAAAUGUGCUAAUGACAUUUACCAGGCUUCAAAUCCAUACCUUCCCACCAGAGGAGGCACGGUGUCAUCAGGUGGCCGUUUCAGGUGUCCGUCCUGCAGGCAUGAAGUUAUCCUGGACCGUCAUGGAGUCUACGGUCUGCAGAGAAAUCUUCUGGUGGAAAACAUCAUCGACAUGUACAAACAGGACUACAUCAGCAGACCAUCUCCUGAGAGCAAGGUUGACCAGCCAAUGUGUGAGGUCCAUGAAGACGAGAAAAUCAACAUCUACUGCCUGACCUGCAGCGUUCCCACUUGUUCUAUGUGUAAAGUGUUUGGCUCUCAUAAGGACUGUGAAGUGGCUCCCAUUAACAGCGUAUACCAGACAAAAAAGACAGAGCUCACGGAUGGAAUAGCAAUGAUGGUGGGUAAUAAUGACAGGAUCCAAGGCAUCAUCAGUCAGUUGGAGGAGACCUGCAGGACCAUAGAGGAAAAUGGAAGGCGACAGAAGUCCCAGGUGUGUAAAAAGUUUGACCACUUGUAUGCCAACCUGGAGGACCGGAAAAGAGAGAUGCAUCUGAAAGUGGCCGGCGAACAGGAAGAGAAAUUAAACUACAUUCGUGGCCUCUCAAAGAAGUACGGAGAUCAUCUGGAGUCUAUGACCAAAAUUAUGGAGACGGGAAUUCAAACGUUUGAUGAACCUGAGAUGGCUGUUUUCUUAAAGAGUGCCAAAUCCCUGUUGCAAAAAAUUGCAGAGGCAUCGAAUACCUCCCACCUGGAGCAAGUGGAGCGUGGGUACGAGAGCAUGGAUCAUUAUUCUGUGAGCUUCAAGAGAGAGGGCAGGGCCCUUCGCAAUAUUGACUUCGCCAGAGGUAAAACUCACCUGAAUUACUCUGAUAUGAUGAAGAAGAGGCGGAUGAAGAGGAGGUGGCAGCUGAUGCAGGAGCCCGGGCAGAAAAGACAGCCUCUGGAGGUUUGGACACGCUGGGCAAUUUGGAGGAACCUCUCCCUCCCCUCCUGCCUCCACAAACCCAUGGAAAACAUACACCUGCCAUGUCAUCCUAACUUCUACCAUUUACUUUUAUAAUUUACACAUACUCGGACAUACAAAUAUAGAUCCCCUCCUCUCCUUGCAACCUGAUCAGAAACGCAUGAAUACCUAUAGAACUAUAACUAUGUGAUCACAUCACACUAACUAUACAUGACUGCGGUUACUAUUUUACACAAACCUGAAUUUCAGAUGCUUUUACUGUUUUUUUCUGUUACUGCUUAAAAAGUCACUAGAUGACUAAAUUGAAAUGUAGUUGACUUAAGAAAUCCUUCCAAGAUUUGUGGGGUUGUUUACUGUGUAGGGAGUGUUCGCGUGGUAUUUGCAAUGCGGUUGGCACGGCCAUGGUAUUUGAAUUAUGAAUGAUUCCCUUUAAAUGCUCCUAAUAUUCCUUUCAUAUUCCUAAAUGUCAAUGGCAAAUAAAAGACUACCUGUGUUUGUUCCAAUUUCAAAACAGUAAUCUUCGUGUAAUGACGAGUGAAGAUAGUUGCAUAAAAAUUUAGACUUGGUUUAAACCAAAUUCAGUUCAGUUCACUUUGGUUCAUUUCAUCACUCAUGUAUCAUGUAUCAAUGCCUACUUUGAGAAACAGCCGUGGCAGACGGUGGAAGUGAUCUAUACAGUGCGCUGUAACAAGUGUAGUUCACAGUUCCUCGGUGGUCGAACUGAAAUAACGAUGCCAGGACAUUGUGUAAUGUAUUCUGGCCCAGUGGAGGGUGAUGGGUGACAGGAUGUGCUUCUGUGGCUGGCUUCACACAGAGCAUAUCUACAAUCAACUUAAUUAGGCCCAGGGAGCACAACCCAAAUCUCAACGUGUUGUGGCUUUCACCUACAAUGAAUGGACUUUGGUAAAAAGUAAAGGAUUAAGUGAAUUAAAUGUUCUGGGUGUCUUCUUAACUCAAACAUAUACAAGUUUGUCUGACCGGAACAUUAUUGAUCGGUUUAAGAUGUGCCUUACCCAUUAAAUGUAGGAAAGGUUUGGGUAAACUCUGCACCCGAGACUUGGCUAUAAAGACAUCCAGUUGCUGUAAAGAUAUAAUAAUUCACAUAUCGUUUUUUGUGUGUGUGCGUGAAACCAGACUUAAUCAGAACAAGGUGUUUGUACUCCAAUUGAUGAUCAGUCAUUUUUUCAUAAGAGUACACAAGCCUAACGUUUUUUCCUCUAACCUUUUGCCGAACAACCAUGAAUCAUCUCUUGGGAUAGAUGCCGUCUCUCCCCGAACAGAUGUAAACAGCUCACUUUUACAUUUAAAAUAACAUCUGUCGAACAGGUAGACAAACAUCUGGUUUAGCAAGUAUAUUGUUUGAAGAAUCCCGUUUAUUUGCAAUAUACUUAAAGGUCAUACGUGGGUACGUGUAAUAACUGUUUAUAAGCUGAGACUUUCCAUUUACCUUUCUUGUCAAUUUUCUCUUAAAAAUA